CAAUUCCAUUGCCGAAGGGGGGGUCGAGGGCCGCCGAGGAGGUCGCCGAGGGAGCGACUAUUAUCUCCAAAGGGAGGGGGAGGACAAUUGAGGAAGGAACCAUUGCGGAAUCUGCGGGGGGAGGCGUUCCCUCCCGUUCUCCCGCAGGUGGAAGGACCUUCAGCUCCCAGGGCCGCAGGGGUGAUAUGGCCCCCGACCACCUGUCCGUGAGGCAGAUGCGGGAGGAAGAGAAAGCCCUCGUCGUGGAGCUGCUGAAGGAUGGGGUGAAGGACACAGAGAACCGCGUGGCCCUCCACGCCCUGACUCGGCCUCCCGCCCUCCUGCUCCUGGCCGCCGCCAGCAGCGGCCUCCGCUUCGUCCUGGCCUCCUUCGCCCUGGCCCUGCUUUUGCCCGUCGCCCUGGCCGUGGCCGCCCUCAAGCUGAUGGUGCGAAUGCGAUGGGGCUCCCUGCCCUCGCCCUGCGGCCCGGGAGGCCCCUGGGUGGCCGUGUGGGGCUCCGACGACGUGUGUGGGGUCCUGGCCCUGAGCCCCGGGGCCGCCGGGGGCAGCCUGUCGGUGGCGCGCCUGGCCGUGGCCCGCUGGCACCGUCGACGCGGCGUGGGCACGAAGCUGCUGGCCUUCGCCGAGGCCCGCGCCCGGGCCUGGGCCCGCCAGGAGGGCGGCCCCCGCGCCAGGCUCACCGUGCCCGCCCCGGUGGGGGCCCGAGGGGCCACGGCGCUCCUGGAGGGAAGAGGUUACCAGCCCGAGGGGGGCUGGGGCUGGAUGGGCCACACGUUUGUCAGGGAAUUCACCAAAGAAUUCUGAGCGCCACGGUGAGCCCUGGGCCCGGCGCGGGGACUGGCGCCGGACUGUCCCCUCCCGGGAGGAACCGUGGGGACUCGGCCCUCCCCCUCCACAAGCUGCCCCUCUGGGGGCCUCGACACCCCCCAGAGCCUCAGGCCUCCGAUGAAGCUGAGCCCUGCCGAGCCCUGCCACCGUCCUUGCCUUGUUCUCCCAGAAGCCCCCCGGAGCCCUGCAGGCCCUCCCGCCCCAGCUGACCUGCAGCCUCCCCCUCUCCCAAGGCCCUCGGUGACCUCCCCUUUUCCGGGGGCCCUCCGGUGGGGGCCUGGCCAAGGCCCUGUGCCCCUUCUGGAGAAGAGUCUGUGUCUGCCUGGGGUCUCCCCUUCCCUUCUCUCCCCUCACGUCUGUUUUUAUGCCCAUUGUUAAUAAACUCCGAGGCCGCCGCCUCCCUCCCCCUGA